GAACUGGUGUUGAGUUUGAAGUCAUGAAGAGUCAGGAAGAAAAAGAAGAUUUUAUACCUUAUCCUGGAUUUAAGAUCAAGUUGCCCUCUGAAAUUAAGCGUGAAAUAAAUGUUGAUAAUGCUGAUUGCCCGUUACCAUUUAUCAUCGAGUCAACUUUUCAUCAGGCAUUUGCUACAGUUAAGAAAAUACGGGGAAAAUCCAAAACUAAUAAACAUUAUAAAACUGUUCAUUCUGAAUCCGAAUUCCAUGAAAUUAUUGAAGGACAUACGUUUGAAAAUGAACUCUUAAGUCCAUUGAACGAUGCAUUGGCAGCCGAAAGAUUAGCUCUAGAGAAAAGAAAAGAAAAUGAAAGAAAUAUUAUUAGUGAAGACGGAAAAAUUAUUGAAAAUAUGUUUUGGAAUAAGUUAAAAGAAACAUAUAGUGCUUUUGAAGAUUUUAUCUCCACGAGCAAGACUAAUAGCUCCCAUAUGUCAGUUGAUGGAGUUUCAGAAAUCCAAAACGACACAGAUUUAAAAAGAAUUCAUGUUAAAUACCCUAAUAUAAAUAAAAGGAUUAACAGCGCUUUGAAAAUCACUUCAAAAAAUUGGAUAGAGUUGAGAAAAUUGUUUGAAUUUGUCGCACAAAUUAUUGAUACACAAGUUGAAGGAAAUGAAACAAUCCAAGAUAAUAAUGAUAGAAAUGAGGCAAUUAAAGAGUUAUGUAAUUUGUUAGUUGAUCAAGAGAUUGACUUUAACAAACAAAAAACGGAUAGUCAAUUUAUUCAGGACCUCCAUAGUUAUAAAUUUGAGAAUAUUGAUGAAAUCACGAAACAUCGUAUUACAUUUCGUUUUUUGGAUGUAUAUCAAGAAUGGAGAAAUGAUACAUUCUACACAAAGAUGAAAAAAGGCAUACCAAAAUAUUCGGAUCAAUCAAGAGACAUUAAUUCAAGGUUAGAAGAUGAAAGUAAAGUAAAUCAAAAAGAAAUUAAUAAUAGGGAAUUUCCCAGAAUUUGUGAAGCAAUUGAAAAAAAAUAUUCUAACGGUUUCCUACAAUCGCAGUCUCUUGUUACUUAUCAUUUUGAAGAAAUUCAACCUGAACAAUUACAAUAUACAAUCUAUAAUACAAGUCUUGAUCAAAAUGACACUCUGAGUUUGAGGCAGGAUGAAUUACAUGUUUCUAAUCCAACAAUCGAUAUGUAUCAUCAUAAUAAUUGCUUUUCCUUUCUAAUUAAUCCGCAAGCCUAUGAAUUAAGAAAAAUAGCUUUAUUUGAAAACAAUAAAUACUUUAUUGCCCUGUGGAAUAUAAAUCAAAAACGGCUCGAAAUUUAUUACGAAACUUUGAGAAGAACAUUAUAUAAUCCAAUUCAAUUAGAAGAAACAGCAUAUCGAAAACCUAAGACUUUACAUCCAGAAGAACAAUGCCUUAUCGCAGUAAAUGAACCAAAAGGCAUGAUUGGAAUAUAUCAAACCAGAAUAGGGGUGUUAGACGUUUAUGUCAUUGAUGAAAGUCAACAAUUUUAUAAACGAGCUGGAGGUGUUCAAAUUUGUGCAUGGUAUAGUAAUAACAUACCUGAUAUCAAAUUUUUAUUCUUCAUCAAAGACAAAGAAGAAAUUUGUUUUGUACAAAUCGACGGUCAGGCAAGAAUAUUUAAUUUGGUCACCAACCAGUUUUUGCCAGGAACAGCUCAUUUUCCAGUGAAUGCUAGUAAUAUUGUCUGCACUCCAGAUGGCUCUUGUAUUGUAGCUUUUGUUGAAGAAAAUCCAUCAGAAGAAAAUCCAUCAGGAGAAAAUCCAUCGGGCGAAGAUAUGCCUAAUGAACAGGAUAAUGAGUCUGACUUAUCGAUAAGUGAUACAGAGGAUUCAACUAAUGAGUCUAACAACACAAAUGGAUUAGCAAUAAAACGUGCAUAUAUUUAUUUUUCUUCAGGUUUUGGAAGACCAGCUAGUAAAGUAAUUCAAUUGCCCCCAAUUAUAUCAACCUUGGAGUUUAUUCAAUUUUCAUGCUUAGAAAAUCAAGUUAAUCUUACAGCUUUCGAUAUACAUGCAGGAGUAGCAAUUAAAAAUUAUUCUCAAGAUAUGGAACUGGAAGGCAAUGAUACUUCAUUUAUGCGUGAUGUCAAAAAAGGUGAAAAUUUUGUUAUCAUGGGAGAAAAAAGAAUUGUUUUGAAAGUAUAUUCUGAUACGAAGCUGAAAGUUUCUGGGACUUUUCAAUGUAUGAUUGGCAUUGAUUCUUGGAUGGAAUUUCGUAUUGAACCUAAAACGAAGCUUAGUGGAUUCAUCAAUGCAUAUAAAUUAAUGUUUGAAAAGUAUCCUAUUGAUAAUAUUAUAGAUCCAGAUCAAAAUCGCACAUUGAAUUUACAAAUAGCAUUAGAUUUAAAGGACAAUGAAAAGAUAUCAAAUUAUGAAAAUAAAUUUCAAGACUAUGUAGCAGAUAUGUUUGAAGAAUUAAAAAGAUCAACAAACAAACCUGCAACUUCUAUAAAGCGUUUUGGAUGGUAUGAGGGAAUAUUUAAAUAUUUUGGCGAUAAGCCUGUAAAAGUUGUUUCGAGCAUGGGAGAACAGUCUUGUGGAAAAUCAUAUAUGUUAAAUCAUUUAAUUGGAACAACAUUUGAUGGCUCAGCAAUGCGCUGUACUGAAGGACGAUUACCAAAAAAUGUAUCUAUGUCGCCUUGGAUUUCGAGGGACUUAAAUCUCUUGAACGGUCACCACAAGAAGAAUCAAUUUGCUGUCAACAGGGAUAUGUCAACAAUGUUUCAAAGAUUCCAAGAUGGUGCUACAUUAUUAAACGAUGAAAAAAUAUUCCAGGCAAAACUUUGCAUCAUAAUUAAAGAUGUACCUAAACAAGAUCGUGAUGGGAUUUUAUCAGAAUUUUCUCUGAGAUUCAAGACAAUGGUUAUGCAGGAGGGAGAAAAUAACUUUAUAAUAAAAAUGUAUCCGGGUGGUUUAAAUAUAAAUCCUUGGCCAAUGUUUAACAAUCCUGAGUGGUUUAAGAGUUUAAGAGAUAUCAAAAAGAUGCUAGAUAAACAAGAUGCAAAAUAUGCGAAUGCGCGAACAUUUUUGCAAAAUACAAAAGUAUCUAUGGCCAAAUUAAAGGCAAAUGAGAAUUUGGUACAAAUACGUGUAUCUACAUUGAAAAGACUGCUUGAUAUUGCAAUAUCUCUUGGUAUCGAGGAAAAAACUAAUACAAUAGAACAUCUGACGAAUCGUGAUACUGGUGAAAUAAUUCCUGAUCAAGUUAUAAAUCUAACUGAAAUUUAUGAUGAAAUUAAAGAUGAAUGUGAUUUGAUUUUAGAUUCAGAUCUUCGUCUUUUAGAUGAAAACACAGAUUUCGUACCAUUAUCAGCCGAUUUGAGAAUUUACUUUGAAGAUAAAGUACAAAGUCGCAGAGAUUGUUCUAAUGAUGCUGUAUGGUUUGAAAAAUUAUCAAAAUUCUUUAAAUUUAUUAUUCAACGGCGGAUUAAUCGAGCACAAGAAUGGUUUCAACAAAAUACCAGCAAGUUUUCACCUGAUAAUAGUGAUGUUAAAGAUGGUGCAUAUGCACUAGAACAUAUAUGUCAAUCAAAACGUCAUAAUUGCGGUGCACCUUGUUCUCUGCAAGCUAAUACCAAAAAGGGUUUUUAUAAAUGCCCUAAUAAAUGCAUUAUUCCUUGUGAGGAUGAACAUGAACAACACUGUUGUGAAAAUGACUCUGCAUGUCCGAUUCAAUGUCCAAUUCCCGAUUGCCAGCGACGAUGUCAGAGUACAGACCACUUUCAUGCUUUGCAGCCACAACAGAUUCAUUUUUGCGGUAAUGAGCAUCAAUGCCAAGAAGAUUGUCAAGAACUAGGAGUUUGCAGAGUUAUAACUGAACCGAAAAAACAGGAAGAAGUUUAUCAAGGUUUAGUGCAAGGAACUUCUUUUACAUUUACCAAGUAUAUUCAAUUAAGUGAAAGGGUUAAAUGCUGCAAGAAAAUUCCACCUAAUGCCUUUCAUCACGAGGGAAAGCAUUCUCAUGAAGAAAAUGGGUUUCACUUUUGUGACGCCAAAUGUCAAUUUUGUGAAUACUAUUGUAUUUUACCGUAUGGACACCCACAAGCGCUACAUGAAACUAAACAUGGAAAUAUGACUCAGACAGAAUUUACUUCAGAAGAAAAAGAAUUCGUUUACAGAGGCCAUAAAUUUAGAGCAGGCGAUCAUGGAACAUUUGUGCUUUGUAACUUGUAUUGCAAAGAAUUUGGACGUCAUCGUCAUAUAGACUAUUGUCAAGAUGCUUCAACAUGUAAACCUAGUGCAAAUAAGCAACAUAUUGAUGAUCCUUAUUCGGCUCAAGAACAAGAAAUAUUUGAAAAAUGUGAUCAUGAAUGUGCUGAUGAAAUACAUAAGCCAACUAAAGGAUCAAAUGUUGUACCUAACAGAUCAUUUUGUGAACUACCAUUGUUUAAUGCACCUCUCAAAUUAUCUGAUGCACCACCAAAUGGUAUUGGAUAUAUUUCUCUUGGUGGACAUCACUUUAAAUGUGAUAACCCUGCAAAACGAGAGGGUUCAUUCCAUAUUAUUUUUACAAUUGAUCGAUCUGGUUCUAUGGAUAGUAGUGAUAAGAAACCAAUAACAAAUACUCCAGUUUAUAAUCUUUUAAAAACUAACCAUGACAACAGAACAGGUGCAGUAUAUAGUGCUGUUUAUUCGUUUAUGGAAACAAGGCUAGCUGCACAAGCAAGGUCGAAAUCUACUAAUAAGGAUACAAUAUCACUGAUUCUUUUCGAUCAUGAAGUCAUUGUACCAUUCGAGAAUCAUGUACUUACAGACUCUAAGUUGAUGCUAAAUCAGAUGCUACCACAUAAAGCACGUGGUGGCACUGACUUUAAUCUUGCGAUUCAAAAAGCAGGAAGCCUAAUUAAUAACUAUUUUGAUACAGCAAGAGCAAAUGUAAUUAUAUUUCUUUCUGAUGGUGGAUGUAGUACACCGAAAGGUCAACUUGAACAAAUUUGUAAAUAUAAUAACGAUAAAGGAAAUCCAUUGUAUCUUAUAACUGUCUUAUUUGCUGGUGGAAAUGAUAGUCCUUCCUUAAGAGAAAUGGCUGGGAUUGCAAGUCGAUAUCAUCCAGCAAACACUAUUGUAAAUGCUUUGCGUUGUCAAUUCACUAGCGUUAUGACUGAGAUUAAUUUAGUCAAUACAUUUACUAGCGUUGCAGAAAGCUUGAGAGCACAUAAUCCUUCAUUGAUGAAAAAACUUUAG